AUGAACGAGUUCCUCAAGCUCUGCAACCUUUUCAAUCAACAAAUCAUUGAUCGCGAUACCCUAUAUCACCAGGGAUGUACUUACUUGAUGGCUAAUCAAGAGCUUCUUAGCUUUUGGAAAGCAUUUCUUCAGUACGAUCCCCAGGACGUCUUGGUUGAUAAUGUCCCUGCUCCGCCUCCCGGAAAGGUCUCCUUAAGUAACUGCCGCGCCCACGGGCCAAGUUACCGAUUACUUCCACGACGAGAGCGCCUCAAGCCAUGCACUGGCCGCGACGAGCUCUGCAUGUCUGUACUGAACGAUGACUGGGCCUCGCAUCCAACCUGGGCUUCAGAAGACUCUGGCUUCGUUGCUCACCGCAAGAACGUCUUUGAGGAAGGUCUACAUCGAAUCGAAGAGGAACGCCAUGACUAUGACUUUCACAUUGAGGCCAAUCUCAAGUGCAUUCAGCUACUUGAGCCUAUCGCCCAACAGAUGCUCAUCAUGACAACCGCUGAGCAGGAGCAGUUCCGGAUGCCUGCCGCGCUGGCCGGACAAUCCACAUCCAUCUUCAAGCGCGUGUGCAAAAAGUUGUACGGCGAGAAGGGAAUUGACCGGGAGUGGUCGAAAGUUUGGCACUCGCAAACCGAGAACAUGCACCUUAAGAGCUUAGACCACAUGGGCAUGCUAGUGAAGCAAACCGACAAAAGGCAACUAUCCGCUAAACACCUCGUGGACGUCAUCAAGACCAAACACGAAGAGCAGCGCAGAGAACGAAGUCUAAAGGGCUCUGCUCCUCGCCAACAGUUCCAGUGGUCGUUCUCUGACAAGGACGUAACCCUGGAUCUGCUUCGCCUGAUGGCUCUUUACGCGAUCCACAACAGCCAACACAGCAAUUCAGAAAAAGAACGGAUUUGGGACUUCUUCGUUGACUUUAUCCCCACUUUCUUUGACCUUGACGAUGCUGCCGUACAAGAACGCAUUCCCAGAUUUCAACUAGACUCCGGCGAGGAGGACGGCGAUGAGCCCACACCGCUUGAGCUCACAAACGGUCGCGGCCGACGCAAUGGUAAGAGAGGGGAUCUUCUGCGUGGUGUCCUCGACCCCGGCCGCAAUACCAACAAAUCCCGUGCCUCGAAGGAAGAUAGUGCUUCUGGUAGCAAGGAGACAACUCCUGAUGUUGCCUCAGGUAACGAGGAUGAGACUCCAGAGGCUCCCGAUGAAAAUGGGGUGGCCGACGUUUCGAAUGAUCGAUGGAUGCCAACAAUUCCCAAGCCGACUAUCUUAAAAAGCGGAGGGGAGCAGAGUGUAACGAAAUCUAUCGCGCGUCUACACCGCGUCCGGCCUGCCAUGGAGGUUGGCCUUACCGAAGAGCCCAAGUUGUAUUUCGAGGCCACCGAUACUCCGGACAUCUACUGGCCCAAAACCCUUGAGCUCAUUGAAGAGUUUAUUGUGGGCGACAUCGACGAAGCGCGCUAUCAAGAGGUGCUACGCCACUUCUAUCUCGCGAGCGGCUGGAAGCUAUACACCAUCCAAGAUCUUAUCAGAACGCUCUGCAGACUAGCCCUCACCUGCAGCAGCGUUGAUGGCAAAGAGAAGACGUAUGACCUCAUCAAACAAUUCCUAGCAAGCCGGGAACGGGAGGAAACCAGCUACCAGACCGAGAUCAGCGCCCGCAAGUUUGCUGAAAAGUGCGUUAAGGACGGCGAGUUGUUCGUGCUCUGCUGGGUGCCAAGUAAGUCGGAAGCGAGCGUCAGGUGGCUCCAGCGUGAGGAAACGACAUUCUAUAUGGAUGAGAUGAAGCUUCAGCAGCGAUGGCAAUACUACAUCUCAUCAUAUAUCCGAGUUGAGCCCACCGAGGGUGUUCCUAGAUCGAAGCUUUCCAAAGUCGUCCUCACGCGCAACCUGCCUUCGGCGGACGCUGAUCCUGAAGAUGGAAGCAUUCCCAAGCCAGUCUCGUAUGAUGAGAAUCUAGUGGUCAGCAUCUGUCUCCGGUCUUCCAAAAUGGUUUGGGGUGCGGGCUCCUCGGAGAGCUUCUUGUACAGCUCAGCCCCUACGACCAAAGAAGAUAAGGAGCAGCACGACAAAGCUACCAAGAUGUCUACCCUUGCCCGUGACUACCGGCUCCGGGAGAAGUUUGUGUUGAACAACUCGUGGAUGAAAGAUUUGAGUCAGGAAGAGGUUGAAAAGCACAAGGCGGACUACAAGAAGUGGGCAGAGGGUGAGGUUGAGCCAGCCAACGCUGCCACCGAGACGCGCGAUGUGGAGAUGGCGGAUUAA